AUGGCAGUGACGUCACCGCCUACAUCUGUCGGACAAUCAGAUGACAGUGACGUCACUGCCCUCCUCGGCCUGGGUUUUAGAACCAGGUCGGAGGAGGUUCUGAGGAACGAUAAACUUGAGCACCGCGGCCUUGACGCCAGUGGCCUGAAGCUGGACCUGGUGGAGCGGCUUUUGGCUGCGCUGGAGGAGGAAGCCCGGGCCAAGACCUCCAGCCGAGAGGACAAGGAGCAGGUUGACGAAAGGCAAGAACAACAAGAAAUUAAAGAGGAGAUCCAAAUCAAGGACACCCCUGUGCAGGUCGACGACGCUGGCCGGGAGGCCUGCAGGGCACAGCGCAAACGCAGACAAGAUGCCGGCAGUCAGGCUGCGGAGGUGAAGGUUGAGUCAGAGAGAAGCGGAUGUUACGGCCGAAAGCGACCGCAUGAGGAGAACAGGGGCUACUACUACAAUGAGCACAGCCAGAAGAAGAGUGUUUGUGCCAAGGACGCUCGCACAUGUAAACCAGAUGACUUGAAGAAACAGAGCAUAAGCAAGCUUGAGGAAGAGCUCCAGCACCGCAGCCUGGACGCCAGUGACCUGAAGCCAGACCUGGUGGAGAGCCUCUUUGCUGCGCUGGAGGAGGAAGCCCGGGCUGAGUCACUGGGCCGAGGGGACAAGGAGCGGGGCGACUACAGAGGAGAGGGUGACGAUGGGGACAAAAAGCAAAAGCAGCAAGAGGCAGCUGGCGGAAACAGCAAUGCACUGCUAGAGAAGGACAAAGGCAGAGAUUUGGGUGGCUGCUACAAGGAAGAGGAGGCUGAGCCAGAGGCCGAAUGCAAGCCGCAGAAGUGUCAGCCGCCGUCAGACACUGGCGACAGGCGACGUGCCGAUGCCGACCUUCCCAAAACGUCAGCCAUCGCUGAGAUAAUCGUCAAACUUGAACCGGACGAGAAGGAACAUGUUGACCUCAAACAAGAAUUUAAAGAGGGGAUCAAAAUCGAGGACACCCCUGUGCCGGUAGGCGGGGCAGAACCGAAAUGUGAACAAGAUGGCUGCAGUAUGGCCGUGCAGGUGCAAGUGAAGGUGGAGUCCCAGAGAAGCUGACACCGUGGCCGAAAGCGACCACACAAGGAGAACGGGGGCUACGAUUACUAUGAGCACAGACAGAAGAAGAGUGGACAUGCCAUGCAAAAGAUGUCACUCGGCACCCCGGCGUCGCACUACCGCUGCUACCCGCAGAGGUAGACGAUAGAGGCUGGCGAGAAGCAACGUCACGCAGACUCUAAACGAAUCAGCAGCCAUAAACUAUCAAAAACAAGAGACAGACACUUGCUUUGCCAUGCCGACGCUAAGUGAAUCACGGCUGCCUGGCGCUUCAAAGCGGAGACCCAAGGAUGCCGAGUUCGCCCCCGGACGCUAAGUUAAUUAACUCCCCGCCAGUCAAAGAAUUGCGCCACCAAAGGCGCCUCCACCCUGUUGAGUCCCGCCACUUGGGAGUUGGAACAGGCAACAACGACACCCACGGGCGACGGAACGACAUUACAGACAUGGCUUCAAGACAGUCUGUGACUUGACUUGGAGUUAAUAUUUUAAGAACUUUACAUGAACGCCACUAGUGACUGUAUUGCUGCAAACUUGAAUGUCUAAUGUCGAAUAUGUUGUUAACCGAACCAGUUGAAAUGUUCCACCCCACACCACAAAUGUCACAUGGAAAAUAGUAAUGUUCUCCACACCACACAACAUUGGAGACAUUCAUUACAGGUAUGAAAGAAGAUGAGCGUGGAACAAUGCAGGGUGAGGCAAUGGUUUUAUCUUAAAUCCAAUAAAAUUAAGAUUUUAUUCCACUGGUUUUAAACCACAAAAUGAAAAAAUAACCUUCGCGAACCCUCCCUUUUUGUCCCGCUCCGGCCAUAAAAGGGGCCGGAGCUGGGACCAGUUGAGUUUUGGAGUUUGGAGGAGAAGUUUUCCUUUGGUCUCAACUCGCCGACGACCGGCUCAGGCAGGACGCCCACCUCACCCGAGAUGGCAAGGACACAUUGGAUGAUCCCCGGCUGCAGCCUCCUGCAAGCGCUCCGAGCUACCCUGUUUGGGGGCCCGAGCUCAGUCCGAGGGAUUGUCUUGCGAACAGAGACACCCGAGAGACAUCCUGCCUGGGAACUUGUUGGCCUCCGAGCUACCCUGUUUGGGGGCCCGAGCUCAGUCCGAGGGAUUGUCUUGCGAACAGAGACACCCGAGAGACAUCCUGCCUGGGAACUUGUUGGCCUCCUGCUUCUCCUCCUUUUUUUCUUCCUCCCUUCCGUCGAAUCCACCUGUUCCUGGUGCGGACCGGGCUGGCCGAACACUCGGGAGCCUGACUCGCCUGCCUCAAACGCUUUCCAGACACGCAAGUCCAACAUUGCGGUCUACUAAAAGUACAGAUUAGUGCAUAUUUGGGUUUAAAGUCACAAGAACAGGAAUCCUCAGAUAUAUGCAUUCACUACACGCCCAUUCUGCUAAACUCACGUCACAAAUCCCUUCCUUUGCCAAUGUUCGUCUGUACCUUGUUUGUUUUGUGUUUGUCUGUGUUUUAUCCUGUAGAAACCCCUUUUUGUUAUUAAAUGUUCUAUAAAAUUCA